AUGCAGCUGUCACUUGCCGUUCUGGCCGCCGCCUGUCAGGCGGCUGUGACGACAGCAUCGAGCCUGACACCGCCGGUGCUUCCGUUGAUCGUGCGUAAUCCUUACCUGAGCACUUGGUUGGGAAAUGCCCGUGAUGCCCCGUGGGCCAAAUGGCCUAUGUUCUAUACUGGACAGGAAGUAGGGCUCUCGUUGAUGGCCCAUGUUCCGAGCCAGGGCUCGGUUUAUCCCCUGGUGGGAAAGCCACAAGAUUCCUUGGGUGCAGGCGCCGGAUAUAAAGUACAGUACCCUGAGUAUCUAGGAAAUAACUAUGAUGCCUCCACGACCAACUUUACCUAUCGCAUUGACACCGAAUCCACGCCUCUCGAAAUAACGGUCUCGUUCCUUUCUCCCAUCACGCCGACAUCGACUUUGCGACAGUCCAUUCCGGCUUCCUACGUCACAAUAGACGUCAAGGGCAAAGGUGACGUUAAUGUAUAUAUGGACAUUGAUGGCCGCUGGGUGAGCGGAGACGAAGGGUCUAAAAUUCACUGGGGUUGGGACACGGUGAAAACAGAGAAUACCGCAAAGCCGAAUCUGCAGCAUUGGACAAUCCGGAGAGAGACCGAACUCCUAUUAUCGGAGAAUCGCGAUCGUGCCGAAUGGGGAACCAUCCAUUUCACCGGGCCUGCGAACACUCAAUAUGAGUCUGGAGAAGCAGGCAAGGUAAGGCAAAGGUUUGCCAGUACUGGAACUCUACGCAAUAAGAACGACGAGGAAUUCCGUGCCAUUCGGGAUCGCUCGCCUGUUUUUGCGUUCUCCAAGUCUUUCAACUUGUCAUCUACGCAUAAAACUGAUAGCGUCACAUUCACUGUCGCUCUUAUUCAAUUCCCGGUUGUGCAGUAUGCAUCGGCUCGGGGACUCACCUUGAUGCGACCUCUUUGGGAAUCCUGGUAUCCCACUACCGAGGAACUGCUCACUUUCCACUAUAAUGACCACGCCGUGGCCGCAUCUCUGGCAGCCAACUACUCUCAGCAAGUUGCUGAUGAUGCGUAUCUUUCUGGCGCUGAUGACUAUGUUGAUAUUGUCGCCCUCAGUGCACGCCAGGUCAUGGGCGCCACAACCUUCUCCGGAACUCCGGAUAACCCUCUUCUGUUCCUGAAGGAGAUUUCAUCAAAUGGUAACUUCCAAACUAUUGAUGUCAUCUUCCCAGCUUUCCCAUUUUUCUUGUAUACCAACCCGCGCUGGUUGGCAUACCUUCUUGAACCAUUGAUUGAGCAUAUGCUGAGUGGACAAUACCCCAACACUUAUGCCAUGCAUGAUCUGGGCACCCACUUCCCUAAUGCCACAGGCCAUCCUGAUGGUAAGGACGAGUAUAUGCCCGUGGAAGAAUGUGGUAACAUUUUGAUUAUGGGCCUGGCAAUUGCGAAUUCGCUUCAGUACGAGGAGUCAUCUGAAGCUGCGUCCAUAUGGUCGACACAAGGCUCCGCACCUCCAACCUCUUUCAGUGAGGAGGCUGGCAUAUUUCCUCUAACCAACCUCCAGGUCCUUUCCGGUAUUGCACACCUAGACAGUAAAUGGGGUGGCGGUAUCGCGGGUCAACAUCUUGCCGAGAAAUGGGUCAAGCGAAGCUACCGUCUUUGGAAGCAAUGGACCGGUUAUUUGGUGGAAUUCUCCCUGGAACCAGCCAAUCAACUUUCAACCGAUGACUUUGCGGGCUGGCUGGCACUGCAGACUAAUCUGGCAUUGAAAGGUAUUGUCGGCAUCAACGCCAUGAGCAAACUUUCCAAUUUGACUGGAAACAACGACGAUGCCUCAUACUUCAAGGGCAUCGCCGACCAAUACAUUGCAAAAUGGGAGAAAUUUGCUAUGUCUCGCGAUGGUACACAUGCGAAGCUCGCUUACGACUGGUAUGGCUCGUGGACCACGAUUUACAACUUAUACGCAGAUGCUCAGCUCUGCUUCCACCUGGAUGGAGCCGACACCCCCUCCAAUAAGUCUCCCGGUUUCGUUCCUCGUCACAUCUACCAGAAGCAGUCAGUGUGGUACCACUACGUGCGCCAGAAAUAUGGACUGCCUCUUGACAGCCGACACCUGUACACCAAGACUGACUGGGAGUUCUUCUCCAUGGCGGUGGCCUCCAAGCCCGUCCGCUCGGAGAUCCUCGAGUCCGUUGCGCGCUGGGUCAAUGAGACUGUUACCGACCGUCCCUUCACCGACCUGCACCAGACAGAGGGUGAUGGAAACUUCCCGGGUCCGAAUUUCUUUGCUAGACCGGUCAUUGGCGGUCAUUUUGCUUUCUUGGCACUGGAGCGUGCAUGCGGAGGCCGUGCUAUGCCUGGCCUGUCUUUCUUGGACGAUGUGGACAAGAAGACCAUGCAGACUUGGACUGGGAAUGCCGAGGCUGCAGCUGCAGAGCUUGCAGGUCCUUGGAAAAACCACCAUGGCCAAGAUGGAGAGCUGUAG